AUGGCAGACUCAUUGGUACUCCACGGCACGAUGAGGGCCCGCACCGAUUGGGUCACCGCAAUCGCCACUCCAAUCGACAACUCCGAAAUGAUCGUCACCUCUUCUCGUGACAAAUCAAUCAUCUUUUGGCGCCUCACCAUGGAAGACAAAACCUAUGGUGUCGCACAUCGCCGUCUCACCGGCCACUCUCACUUUGUUCAAGACGUCGUUCUCUCCUCCGACGGCCAAAAUCCUGUGAAGUCUCUUGAGCUAUUCAGUUUCAAGGAAGAAGAUGCCCAGACACUCCUUGGACAAAUGAAAUCCAUGGAUCCUAGAAUACCCGCGUCUUCUCCUUGUGUGCUAGAUGUAAUUAAGAAGCUAAAGGAAUAUGUAGAAGAUUUAAAUAAAAAUAUAGAGAAGAUUGCUACAACUGGUUUUCAUGCUUUAUCAGGGUGCUGCAAAUAUAAAAGUGGUAGGAACAUAUAUGAACAACAAGAGCAGCCGGUCACAUUGUGUUUUCACUUGCAUUGUGGAAAGUCAUUGGGAAAAGGAUUCUGUGACUCACCUUCGGUUUGGAAGGUUAAAUUUGAGGUCAAGUAUUGCUAUCAACCAAUUAAAAUUUCGUUCACCAAUGGCGUAAUUAAGAUUACAAACACCAAUUUCUUUCACACAACAGAAGAUCUAGAGUUUAAUUGGGUGAUUGAAGGUGAUUUUGGUUCUUGA